AGGACAGGGUAGGCGGAAGUGGAUUCGACCUUUCUACUUACUAACCAAUGAUUCCGAGGCAAAUUGGGACCUUUUGGGAAGUCUUCUCCUUUUUUCUUAUCUUACUACUGGAGACACUACUUCUACUCUGCAGGUGGCACCAAAGGGCUUCAUUUAUACCAGGCUGGCCUCGAACUCGCUUAAGUAACCACGGAUGACCUUGAACUUCUGAUCUUCCUACCUCUACUGCUGCGAUUACUGGCUUGUGCCAUCACUUCCAGCUCAUGUGGUGAUGGGGAUCCAGCCCUGGGCUCUGUGUGUGCUAGUAAUCCCUUGACCCACCACGUGCAGAGGACGGAGCGGAGCUGUGCACUGUAGGCAUCAUGGUUCUCCUGUUGGCCUCCGAAGUCCAGCAACUGCUGCACAACAAGUUUGUGAUCAUCCUCGGGGACUCUGUGCAGAGGGCUGUGUACAAGGACCUGGUGCUCCUGUUGCAGAAAGACUGCCUGCUCACUAACAAGCAGCUCAGAGCCAGGGGGGAGCUGAGCUUCGAAAAGGACCAGCUGGUGAAGGGAGGCGAGCUGGAUACCUUACACAACCGCACCAACUACCGUGAGGUGCGUGAGUUCUGCUCCGAUCACCACCUGGUGCGCUUCUACUUCCUGACCCGAGUCUAUUCUGACUACCUGGAAAAUAUCCUGGAGGAGCUACAGUCCGGAGAGCACGCCCCAGAUGUGAUCAUCAUGAACUCCUGCCUCUGGGACAUCUCCAGGUACGGACGGAACUCUUGCAGUAGCUACCGCCAGAACCUGGAGAGCCUGUUCGGGCGCAUGGACCAGGUGCUGCCCAAGUCGUGCCUGCUAGUGUGGAACACUGCCAUGCCUUUGGGCGACAGUAUCAAGGCGACCUUCCUCCCAGGGAAGGGCAGGCACCGCUACCAGGUCUCCAUUGCUGCCCUGAAAAGAAAAGUGAUGGAAGCCAACUUCUACAGCUGUGUCGAGGCCAAAAAGCACUGCUUCGAUGUGCUGGACUUGCAUUUCCACUUCCGUCAUGCCAGGAUGCACCUGCAGGGGGAUGGGGUGCACUGGAACGAACAUGCGCACCGCAGACUCUCCCACCUGCUGCUGGCCCAUGUGGCCGAUGCCUGGGGUGUGGAGCUGCCUCACCGGGAGCCCGAGCCCGGCUCUGCGGCCUGGGAAAGGCCGGGCCAGGUAAAGGAGUGGCAGGAGAGACGGCCGCAGGCCCACAGGGGUUGGCAGCCGUGCCCCUCGUCUCCGCUUCUGCCUCUUCCUAGGCCACGCCCCCUGCUCCCGUCCCCAGGCUUGCCCAUAAGACCACUGCCCCUGCUGCCCUGUCCCGGCCCCCUGCACCAAGUAGGGCCCCCGUUGCCACCCUGCCCACAGGAUUCCUAUUUUUCUUCAGACCCUAUUUUCCACUCAGAGGAAUUCUAUAUCCAUUCAGAUGGCUCCCCACCCACCCACGCAGGACAUGCCUUUGAAGGGGACUUUGGUUUUAGUCCCCAGCCACCCAUGCCUAGCUUCCACCCACCCUGUUACCAGCGCCGGGGCCCAAUAGUACACAGGGGCUUACCGAGAUACCAUGUUCGUGGCCCCUAUGUGCCCUGGAGAGAGAGGCCCAGGCGACCCCGAAGACGCAACCCAGAGUCGAGGCCCCAGUAGACCUAUGUGAGCCUUUGACCUCUGGACCGGGCUGGCUGGCUAUCUGGCCCUGCCUCCCUUAUCGCAGCCCACACAAGCUGGCCUUGCUAACUUGAGCCGUGCUGGCUUGGCCUAAAAGAGGCUGCCCAGUGCUGCCCCCCUCUCCCGAGUGACCAGGCAAGCAUUCUUACUACCUCCCUCUCCCUGUCUGACUGCCUUUUUGUAAAUAACAGAUGACCUUGAAAUACAAAAUUGUUUCACAAAAGUA